AUUUCACAUUAACUUCAUUUACAAUUCAUUUGCUGUUUAGUGGCCUAUGAUAUGAGCCGACACUUAAUGUUCGUUUACGGGACCCUCAAAACAGGUCAACCCAAUCAUUACCUAAUGAAUGAUAGUGAGAAUGGCGUGGCUCAGUUUGUUGCAAAGGGUCAAACGAUGGAUAAGUGGCCGCUUGUGAUCGCAUCCAAGUAUAACAUACCGUUCCUCUUACAUAAAAAGGAUUUCGGAAAAAGAAUUUGUGGCGAAAUAUACUCAGUGGACAAUAAGAUGAGACAUUUUUUAGACGAAUUUGAAUCACAUCCGUCUUAUUACAGGCGACUUGAAACUGAGGUGACUUUAGAAGACGGAUCAGUUAUGAAGCCAUGGAUUUAUUUCCUAUUAGAUUUCAAACCGCAAUUUUUAGACUUGGUAACCUAUUCAUGUUAUGACAGUUAUGGUGACCACGGCUUACCAUACGUGGAGAGCGAACAGACAUCAAGUGUGGAUGACAUGAAUCAGUGAAAGUAUGCGAUGAAAAAGAUUUUAAUCCCUAUUUCGUCACAAAUACCAUCACUUUUUUGGGUCACUUUUGUUAAUUCCUUAGAAAAUUCUUUUAGCUUUUUUAU